AUGGAGGCCUCCUCUUCCUUACCCAUCUAUCACUGGGCCAGGAGCUUGGGGACCCUGCCUGGCUCCGCUCAGGUCCAGGGCACCCAGGUCUGGAUCGCUGUGGUGAACGAGGCCAUCAACAUGACUUUCAUCUGCAACCCCACCAACACCAUGGGGACCGGCCAGGGAGAAGUGACCAUUGUCCUCAGAGACAUCUCAGGAUGGGAUCAGUGCAGUCAGCUCUGUUCCAUGACCCUCCCCUCACUUAAAACCUGGGUUCCUGGCUGUUUUCCCCAGGGCCUCAUGCUCACUGCUCUUGCUUGUUUGGCUGGUGGAGCCUGGGGAGGCCGUGACAGGACUGUGGGGUACGGGCAGGCACCAGGCAGCCGCGCUGGGUUCCUGAGUCCCCUGGGGAGCUCCCACCGGAGACACGACAGACGCACUGGGACCUUGGGCGUCGCCAACGGACGCCACAUGGGGCCCCUUGUUAGCCCCCAGGGCCACCUGGCGAACAGCCUCUUCCUGUCAGCUUCUGUCCUGGUCCUGUGGCUGCCUCAAUGCUCCCAGGCCUCGCUCAGUAUCCAGAAGAUUCCAGAAAUGCCUCAGAAGAACCAGGAUCUUCUCCUGUCCCUCCACGGGGUCCCCAGCACCUUCCAGGAUGUCACCUGGUACCUGGGGGAGACCACGGACGGGGGUACCAGACUGUUCACCUACAUCCCGGAGCUGCUGCGGCCCCAGAGGGAUGGAGAGGCCAUGGGGCAGAGGGACAUGGUCGGCUUCCCCAAUGGCUCCCUGCUGCUGCGCCACGCCCAGCCCGGGGACAGUGGCCUCUACCAAGUCGCCCUGGCCGUCAACGCGGCCUGGACCAUGAGGGCCAAGGCCCACGUCCAGGUGGUUGAAGGAACACACACGGAGCCCACCACUGCACACGUGCCCAUGAACGCCGGGGUGGUAGCCGCGGCCAUCGUGGGCCCUCUGGCCGUGGCUAGUCUUCUCAUCGGCGGCCUCGCCUACCUCCUGGUGACACGGAGCUGGGGGGGGCAAAGUUCCAGGAUGCCAGCCAGGGAGAAGCCAGAGCUGAGACCCAGUCGUGAUACAGGUGACAGCAACGUGUAUGAAGUGAUGCCAUCCCCAGUGUUGCUCCUGACCCCAGCUACGCCCCCACUUCCUGAGCCACAGCCACAGCCAGAACCCCAACACUACCAGGACUUGCUCAACCCCGACCCAGCCCCUUACUGUCAGCUGGCGCCAACUGCCUGAUGGCGCAGCCCCCACCAUCUUCUGGG